UUUUGGUUUUAAUGGUGUGUAUUUACUUUAGUCAAUAAUACAUGCGAGCGGGAGGUGCCCCCUCUUUUCAUUUCUGAUUUGGAAGUGGAGCUAAAACUGUCCCAGUGUUGUGUCUGUCUGUUUCCUCAUCAGUUUCGUUUCCCCUGAACCAACAGUAACGUUACCUGAAACAAAAGUCAGCCCAACCAGUUACGUAUGCGACGUGUAACUGCAACCUAACAUUCGCCCCAGAUUACUCACAAGGGCAUACGGAAUCACUCUUUAUCAAAUAGUCAGUCUCUAUCAUAACACAAUAAUGUAUCAAUUGAUUUACAUGUUGUAUCGGUAAUCUAAAUGUACAAAGUUUUAGCAACUGAAGUUAUAAAACUAAUUUAGUUUAGGAUACGAUAUAGAAUUGUGUCAUGUGAGAAAUGCACUAGUAAGAUUUAAAUGGAUAAAAGUUGCAUCUUUUUUUUGUGUGUGGAUUGAUCCAGGAAAUCACCCCACUGCUUCUGCUUUAGGUGGCCUGCCUACCUGCUCAUCCUCAGCGUGGUGUUGACUCCACCAGGGACAAGAACAGCAGGACAGGGAUGGAUGAGUCCAAAAGUCCAGUCAAACAGUCUCAACCCAGAGGACCCAAAGCUUUGUCCAGUGAGAAGUCCAAUAAAGGGGCUCCUGCGCAGAGAGAGGGUACCAAGUCUGCAACCCGCAGCAAAGAGAACCUCACCGCUGCAAAGGAUGAACAUAAUAUAGUCAGUCAGGGAAGCCGCGGGCCAGGCAAGACUUUCACAGACGUCCCCCAGGACAAGAGAAGAGGGCGGCCCUCCAGGCUCACUAGACUGACUGGAAGAAUGAGUUCUGGGGAGAGGGGGACAGGAAAGGUGGCAAGCUCACAACAGAAGCUGGUGGCACAGGAUCCCGACACCAGGGUGUCUAUUUCUGCAGACAGCAGCCCCUCGGCAAACAGAGAGAUCAGCUCUCCUGUAGUGCCUGGUACACCUGAGAAAGGCCUCACAGAGCUCCAUUGUAGCUCCAUUGUAGUUCAAGCAAAAGAAAAGUCCCAUGGAGUGAAAGCAACAUCAUUGAUGCAUCAGUCCAUUAAAGAGGUGAGGCCCACCCUGGAGGAUGGGCCGCUGACAGAGCAACAGCUGGGCCUCCGACAGGCAGAGGAGCGCCUCUACAGAGAUUACAUCCACCGACUGUUGAAACAGUCCCCCGAGUACCCAAACUAUCAAUACUUAUGCAAGCUCUGUUCUGUGCACAUUGAGAACAUUCAAGGAGCCCACAAACACAUCAAGGAGAAGAGACACAAGAAGAACAUAAUGGAGAAACAGGAGGAGAAUGAGCUGCGAGCCCUGCCGCCCGCGUCUGCUGCCCAGCUGAAGGCCGUGGACACGGCCGUCCUGGAUACAGUGAGGCAGCACGGGAUCUCAGAGGAGGACUUUGAGGUUCGGAAAGCCGUGGUCAUCAGGAUGGAAGAGAUCAUCAAGAGGCACCUCUCAGCUUGUGCUCUCCGUCUCUAUGGUUCAUGUCUUACCCGAUUUGCCUUCAAGACGAGUGAUAUCAACAUCGAUGUCACCCACCCCCCCUCAAUGACACAACCGGAGGUCUUGAUUCAAGUGCUGGAAAUCCUUAAGAAAAGCCCUGAAUUUUCCGAGGUUGAGUCAGAUUUUCAUGCCAAAGUUCCUGCCAUUUUCUGUCGGGAUGUUAGCAACGGCCUGAUGUGUAAAGUGAGUGCAGGUAAUGACGUUGCUUGUCUCACCACCAAUCACCUGGCAGCCCUGUCUAAACUGGAACCCAGAUUAAUCCCCCUGGUGCUGGCCUUCCGCUACUGGGCAAGGCUGUGUCAUGUCGACUGCCAGGCUGAGGGGGGCAUCCCCUCGUACUCCUUAGCCCUCAUGGUCAUCUUUUUCCUGCAGCAGAAGAAGGAGCCUAUCCUCCCCGUCUACCUGGGCCGCUGGAUCGAAGACUUUGAUGUGAAACAUGUGGACGAGUAUCAUCUAACUGGAAUCUCACUGGACGUGUUCGUCCGGUGGGAGCGCAGACCUCCAAGCUCCACGGACAACCGAAACGAUGCCAGAGGAGAAGGCAGACCCAAACCAGAGCAGAAAAAAGCUGCUGAUACUUAUUACUCAGAAGGCUUGACUCGCCUAACUUCGGACCUGGGUAAAGGUGUGUCGUUGGGCCAGUUGUGGUUGGACCUCUUACGUUUCUACACACUGGAGUUUGCUCUUGAAGAAUACAUCAUCAGCAUCCGCCUAAAGGAGCUCCUCUCUAGAGAAGCGAAGAACUGGCCUCGCCGCAGGCUCGCCAUUGAAGAUCCUUUUGCCUUGAAGAGGAAUGUCGCGCGAAGCUUGAACAGCCAAAUGGUGUUUGAGUACAUCCAGGAGCGUUUACGUACGGCUUACAAAUACUUUGCGUGCCCUCAGAGAAGGAGCACUGGGGGGCGCCAGAGAGCCAAGAAGGCAGACAAGCAAGGUGCAAAAUUGAAAGAGCUUGAGAAAGAAGAAGAGGAAGAGGAAGAGGAUGAUGGAAAAGGCCUAGGCUCUCAGGGGGGGCAGCAAGGGUUUAAGGAGGAUGAGGAGCCUGACAGUGAUGAUGAAGAUGCAUCAGAUCCGUCCAGAAAAAGUAAUGAGAAGACUUUAGAUGCAAGCCUCAUGGACAUGGCUCUCCAUGAGGGGAACAAACCGUCCUUCUGCCCCAACGGCCUGCCGGACAAUGACAAGGAAGAGGUGGAGGGAAGCAGUAUUUCAGAUAAGGACGGGCCUGUUACGUCAGAGGAUCUUCACUAUGUGUUUGAUAAGAUGAUUUUCACUAGUGGGAAGCCCCCAACUGUUGUGUGUAGCAUGUGCAAGCGAGAUGGUCACCUGAAGGACGAGUGUCCUGAAGACUUCAAGAAGAUCGAGCUGAAGCCUCUGCCUCCUAUGAACGACCGCUUCAGAGAUAUCCUCGAUGGGCUCUGCAAAUUGUGCUUCUAUGAAUUGUCACCUACACAUGCUGAGCAGCAGAAGAGGGAGCAGAUCCUCUGCAGCCUGGAGAGGUUCAUAAGGAAGGAGUACAAUGAUAAAGCUCAGCUCUGCUUGUUUGGCUCCUCCAAGAAUGGCUUUGGCUUCCGCGACAGUGACCUCGACAUCUGCAUGACUCUGGAGGGCCACGAGACUGCAGAGAGGCUGAACUGCAAAGAGAUCAUUGAAGGCCUCGCAAAAGUGCUGAAGAAGCAUACAGGUUUGAAGAACAUCUUGCCUAUCACAACAGCUAAAGUGCCUAUUGUGAAGUUUGAACACAGACAGAGUGGUUUGGAGGGCGAUAUUAGCCUUUACAAUACUCUGGCUCAACACAACACCAGAAUGCUGGCUACGUAUGCAGCCCUGGAUCCACGUGUGCAAUUCCUGGGAUACACAAUGAAGGUGUUUGCAAAGCGCUGCGACAUUGGGGACGCGUCCAGAGGAAGCCUCUCAUCUUACGCUUACAUCUUGAUGGUGCUUUACUUCCUGCAGCAGAAGCAGCCCCCAGUCAUUCCGGUCUUACAGGAGAUCUUUGAUGGGAACACUGUCCCCCAGCGGAUGGUAGAUGGCUGGAAUGCUUUCUUUUGUGAUGACCUUGAGGAUCUGCGUCGGCAUCUCUCAGAGCUGCAGCCGAACACGGAGUCGGUGGGAGAGCUGUGGUUGGCUCUCCUUCGCUUUUACACCGAAGAAUUUGACUUCAAAGAGCACGUCAUCAGCAUCCGCCAAAGGAAACGCCUUACCACCUUUGAGAAGCAGUGGACCAGUAAAUGCAUCGCUAUUGAAGAUCCCUUUGAUUUGAAUCAUAAUCUUGGUGCUGGAGUUUCUCGCAAAAUGACAAACUUCAUCAUGAAGGCCUUUAUAAACGGGAGAAAGUUGUUUGGGACUCCGUUCUGCCCCGUAAUGGGGACCGAAGUGGACUACUUCUUUGACUCAAAGGUGUUGACAGACGGCGAGUUGGCGCCCAAUGACAGGUGCUGCAGGAUCUGCGGGAAGAUUGGACAUUACAUGAAGGACUGUCCAAAGAGACGCAGGAUGAAGAAGAAGGAAAACGACAAAGACGAGGACAUAAAAGAGGAGGAGCGGGAGCCGAAGGACAGGCGUUGUUUCCAGUGUGGGGACAUGGGGCACGUGAGGAGGGACUGUCCUGAGUACCGCCACCUCAAACAGAGGACCGCCGGAGCACCAGUUCCUCACAUGGUACGAACUGUAGUGAGCUCCCAGUCCAUCCCCAUUCCCCAGACAGCUGCAGACUGUCCUGGACGGACCAGACAGCCCUCUGAAUGUUCUGAUAGUCGGCAGACUCCGCCCUACUCCCCGCAGCCUACAGCUGUUCCUCAGAGUUCCUCAAAGUCCUCCAGUUCCCCUCAGCCCUCCCACAUUAAGACCGGUCCCGCUGGUCCCCCGAAGCAGCCUGUUCACCCCCAGGUCCCCCUGUCUCUCUUCAGCUUCCCUACCUCCCAUCCAGGCCAGUACCACCCAGGGGCGCUCAGCGCACUGGGGCUUCUUCCCUCUCACCAGCACCAGUCGCACCAGUCCCAGGGGCUGCCUCAUCACCCAGUCCACAUCCCCUCCACCUCCUGGCCCAUACACGGACCAGUCCUCACCACGUCCUCUCCCAACGGCCCCUCCCCGCCCGGUCUGAAAUUCGCCCUGCGUUCGGCAUCGGGGAACGGGAGUCCCACAGGCUCAGGGGGAAACCCCAGCCCCAUGAACCUGAACGACCCCAGCAUCAUCUUCGCCCAGCCUGCGGGGAGACAGCUGGGCCUCGGGCCAGGACGGGAAGGACACUGGCACAACCACUUGGCACAACCUGGGUCACUCAUGGGCAAUGGCACUGUGGUCAAGUCAGAGUCGAGCCACCCAGCCCAGUUUAUAGGCGUAAGCCAAGGCUCUCGGUUAUGGGAGCACAAUAAAACACCACAGUACGCCCUGCCUCCAUCCUGGCCCUACCGGAUGCCCCAGAACUUCAUCCAGCAGGGCAACGGAGGCUACCAGCCUGGAAAACCCUUCAUGGCCCAAGGGUCUGUGGUGCAUCCGAAUCCCAACUUCCCCCUGGUCCCCCACGUCCGACAUCAAGUAAAUUUGAAUUUCAUUCAACAGAAGAAGUGAACUUGCAUCUCCUUUUAAUUCAGUUCAUGGUCAGUAACCUAGCAAAGCAAAAUUGUGUACUCUUUUGCAUCAUUCGAUCACAAGAAUUUUUAAAAUGAAUUUUUUCUCAUUUUUGUACAGUUUUUAUGUUUUAUUAUCAGUCUCAUUACAUUGAUUUGUGAUACAAAUGUAAGAUAUUGUAAUACCCCCAUUUUUGAGGGGGUCCAAAAAAGUGUUUUUAUUUUAUGUGUAAAGUAAGGAGGAAAAAUAUAAACCUUUAUUUUUAUUAGCUGUAUUCAUACUUUGAUCGCCACAAGAUGAAGGCUUUGAAUAGACGUUUGUUUUAAAAACAAUCUAACAUGUCAUCCUUAAGUAUGUAGUGCCAAAAGCAGGGAUAGCAAGAAAAGAGGGAAAAAAUCCUAAAUACAAAAAGCCCCCAAAAAAUAAAGAAAAAAGAGCAAACAACUUUAUUGUGUCGUUUGGGUUCAUCUCUUCAGUGUGAAUGAUCCUGGAUACUGUGCGGUUUUAAACACAAUAACCAAACCAGGUCUUCAAGGGUUCAGGAAGCAUGAGGAAGGUUCUAUUUGUAGAACCUUUCCUUAUUUGUGUGACGCCGUUCAAACAUUAAGUCUAGUAAUUUCCAUUCCGAUGAACCGGAACCAUCUCGCAGUGGGACAAAACAUCCAUAUCUAGGAGCUGUUGACUUCGGAUGGAUGUUGCGAGGUAGUUUUUCUAGCUACGUAGGAAGAUGAUGUCCGAGCAUUGAUUGGUCGAUUGUCAGUGAGUUCAACAGCACAUCCAUUUGAAUCGCUGAAGGAAUCGGAGAUGUGAACGGUGAUUCAGAGGUCUGGAAUCAGGCUAACAUUGUCACGUUUACCGAUUUAAUUUACUCGAUUGCUCCCCAGAUUGGGGACUUUCACCGAAUGUGUCUACGGACCCAUCUGGUGUGUCCUACGGUUGUCAAUUAUUGCGCGCCAAAUGGCGCAAUGCUUUGCAGCUUGGCGGGUGUGUGUUGCGAUUAACAUGUCACCCUUAACUAACAUGGCCUCUUAAUGUACACACAAAGUCAGACAUGGUACUAAACGCCUGAAAUCAGGUUAUUAAUGAUUAUAAAGGUGUACAUUUAACUGAGACUCUUGUGUGCCAAAUAAUUACAAGGGUAAUAAUCUUAUAUGUUGUAUAGGUAGACAAAUCUUCCACUCAUACACAAUCAUUUCUACCACAACAUGUAAUGCAUUGUAGUGCUUUGAGGUGUCGCAGCGCUGUGGCUCUGAAAAUAGACUACAAUCACUCUAGCAGCUGCACAAGGCCGUUAACUACAAGAUGUUAACCGCAACUUUGCCACCAUCUGUAAUCACGUGACCAAAGUCAUGUCUUAGGCGAACUAUCUGCUGAGGAAGACCUUGAGAUGUGGUUUAAAGUUCCUGGCAUGUAAGUUUGUUGACAUGCAUAAGCCCACAAUCAAGCGCUUGUUUAGCACAUACAAAUAUUAACAUGCAUACAGUUAAAGGUGCAUUGAGAGCAUUCUUUAUUGCCUCUCAAUAGCUUUUAACAUGGCGACGGCUGAGGCAACGACUCGCAGCUAAUGGUGCUAAUAGCGCAAACAGUGGCAAAAGUGCUGACAGAGCAGCUGUGUUGACACGCUUGCAUGCACAAAAAGCAUGCGGGACUGGACUUCAUCUUCUGCUCAGGUAGACAUUACUCCACUAUAUCUUUACGCAGCAAAUUGUUGUUUGCUGCUAUAUUAAUGCUCUGAAUAUUGAAUAUAGCACCCUUUUAACCGUUUUCCUCUGUAGUGUUGCUGCGAUGCACUUUAUGGCUACUGGUGGCAGCACAGAUCUCAGGGCUGCUGAGGAGCGCUGCAGUUGGUGAGCGAGGAAGAAAUCCUGCCCCAUCGUUGGUUUGUAUGACAUUUAAGAGAACGCCUCCUCCCUGCUUGAAUUGUAGAGCUUCCGUCUGUCUGUUUUGUUGAGUUCUCCCAGGGUCCGUCAGAAUGUUGUUCAGGACGUAUCACAAUUUGAGCGGUCUUAUCUGGAACUGCUGGACAUGUGUUGAACAUGUAGAACUGAGCUGUUGUGGUAACACUAGUCAACACCAGUCUAGUUUACCAAAACUAACUGCAAUCCAUCCAGUAGUUGUUAAGAUAUUUAACUCUACCAAUGUGUUGGAUUUUCACACUGAUUAACAUUUCCAUGUUUAGAGCCCGACCCCGUGUGGCGAAAAACACAAUUUCCUUUCGCUCAACUCAAAAGAAAUUGUAAGAAAAGGUUUGUAUGCAUGUGCAGUCAAAACUAUUAUUGCUACCUCACCUCAAUCGGAUCCUUUCUAUCAGAAAACAUUUGCAGAAGCAGAGAAAAUGUCGGUAAUUUCAGUGGAACGUAAUUUUUCCAGAUGUCGGUUCGAUUGAGAGUCCCACUGAAGGUGAGAUCAUGAGCUGCCACACCCCGUCCUCUGUUGAUCUCAGAGAGGAGAGCCGCCAAUCAGACAGCUCCUCUCUGUCAGCCGAGCAGAGCCGGGCCUUAUCUCCAUCCUCAGACACACCUUUCUGGGAAAUAAAUACGAGGCUUUAUCUUCAGUCCAGUCCAGUUUAACAACAGUGCUACACCAUGAAUCUGUGAUGUGGAUCAUAGAGCUGGAAGAUGUCAGGACCCAAUGAAAACGACCUUUAUUCUAUAUACCUAACAAGCCUCUAAAAGCUUUUAUUUAGAGAGGUUGUGCUUGGGAUCGGAAACUAAAACGGAAAUGAAUCCUUAACAGAGCAAAGUGAAGCUGUAAUGUUGCAUAUAUGGUCCUCAAAUGGUCCUUUCAAAUAAAGAGUUUUAAGAACUUAAUUUAGGAUAUUGUUUUAAGUAAUCGUACCCCUAUAAAUAAAAGGCAAUCUGAGGGAUUACAUUUAAAGAUUCAGGAAAACAUGAGAAAUAAAAGGGGAAUGUAUUUUUUAAGUUUAAAUUAAAUUCUGUCUUCGAGUGAUUGUCUGGCAUUUGUUCAAUGCUUAAAGCUUAAAACAUUUUGAAGUUAAACAAUAAUCAAAACGUGUCUAAAUUUGUAUCCCAACUAAACACAGCCUUGAUCUUCCCAGUAACACAAAUAGAGGUUUCGCAUUCUUCUCCUUGCUGUAUGACCUUCAAAAGAUCACAAUCUGCAUAUGAGGUAGGUUUUAUCGACAUGUUUAAUUUUUCAGUCAUGACCAUUUUACUGUAAUACAGUGUUAUUGAAAGCUGUAUUUGUAAGGAUGUAUUUCACAGGAGAACAUGUUCUUUUAUCUCCAGUGGGUCAGCUGCUCUGUGAUCAGAGCUGUGGAGUCUUUGGGUGAAUGUAGGACCGGGAGCGAUCACCGGAGGGCGCUGUCGCACACAACCUGUAGAGAAACACAAAUACCAUCAGUGAAGUAAAGCCGCCAUGCACAUGUGCUUUCAGUAUGUCUACUGUGUUUACACUCACCUAGAUUAAGUUACAUACAGUUCAGAAGUUCUGGUACUCACGGACACCGGCCUGCUGUCACCAUGUUGAAAGCCGUUGAGAGGCAAUAGAAAUGCACCUAAUCUCGGAUCUAGCACCUUUUAAAAUGAUUCUAUCUUGUUCUAGAUGUUAUCCUGUAUAUCAUCCAUAUACCUGGUUGGUCACAGCCCAAAGUGCAGAGAGUCUGCUGUGUGCUGCAGCUGUCUGUGAGACCUGGACACCAGCUCAUCUUGUUUUUCCUGGAGGUUUCUGGAAAUCAUCAUUAAAUAUGUCAACUGGAGGAUUUUCUUCUUUCUCUGACAUCUCUCCAGAAUCUCUGUUUGGGGAUUUUUUUAUUUUUUUUUAUCAGGUCAACUCCAGUUGUACAUCCCAUAAUGACAAUUAAAGCAUCAAAGGGCUUCAAAUUGAUACAAUUAUCACAAAUACAUGGCAAGUGAUAUUGGUUCUGUGAUAAAUUCCGUGUAUAUGUAUAUCACAAUAAAAAGGGUUUCUAUUUUAUUCUAUUCUAUUCUACAAGGAAAAGCUCCCAUAUUUAAUCAAUAGGAGGAUAACCGUGAAAAAUACAGGAGGAUGGAAAAACAAAAGCAGUAAUUAAGCAUUAAAUAAAUUCAUACAUUAAGUCAACAAUCAGACUGAGUAUCUUGAAUCCAAAUGCCUGCACAUCUUAAUACUCACUCUUGUGGCUCCUCGAUAAACUGCUUGACUUGUUUACUGCCUAUGAUCUUGACAAGUCUGGGGAUUGAAUUUGCUCCAAACGUGUUUUUCUGAGGUGAUGCAGGUGAUGUGAUCAGGAUUCCCUGGAGAACGAGACAGACGGACAAGGAGCAGGAGAGGCAGGAGAUGCAUCAAUCACACAGCUGAUUGAGGGCUCGAACCUCAAUGACACGAUGAAGCCAGGACCGUAACGCACCUACAGCACAACAAGUAGGUUAUUUUCAGUUUGCUUACAAUAAUCCUUUACUUUCAAUUAUUCCAUUUUUCAUUUCCAGUUUACUUUUCUAUGACCAAGUGGAUCUUGUGCUGUGUGUCUGAACCAGUUUCCCGAGGUGUCGGGCUUCCUGUUUGUUCUUUCCGCUCCAUAGUAACCUCUCUGUUCCCACCCCUGACGCCCUGCAGCACUCUGCAGAGAACUGGGAGUCACUUCAGCAAACACACACACCUAUACACACACACACACUUGUGAUUUAUGAGCGUGUUUUGCAUUUGAGUUGGCUGGCAUUAUUAAAAACGUGUGAAAAGGCAGAGGAGAGAAGUGACUAACAGGUAAAGGUGAAACUAAAUGCCAGAUGAAGAAAUAUGGCAUUCAGUUUAUGAGCAUUUGUUGUCUCUUUUCCUUUCCGUCUCUAUUGUGUGCAUGUGUUUGUUUCUGAUGUGUACGUAUCACGCUGCAGAGAUAGAAUAAGUACUCAAAUCCAUCAUCAAAAGUAAUGGGAUUCCUGCAGUGCUAUUUUAAAAAGGGUGCUUCUACUCAAUACUGAGCAAAGGGUCUGAAUACUUAUGACCAUGUGAUA